UGGGACAGUUUACUGAUGCGCCAUUUCCAUCCUAUCUGGGUUCUCAGAGGCUUUGACAUUCAAAAGGGGGCUGGAAGAGCGGUACCUCGGGCGCUCCGCGGUGAGCGUCCUUUAAAGCCGUCGCCAGCCAGCGCCGCUGUAACCCCGCGCACCGGCCGGUCGCCGGCUCCUGCCCCUUUCAAUCUGCGCCGACGCGGCGGCGGAUCCCGGGGAGUCCCCGCGCUGGGAAUCUCCCGCCAGCUGUGCGCUGCGUCCCGGCGACGGCAGGAGCACGUGGAGCGGCCGGGUAGCCAGAGCGGCAGCUCCAGCCCAGCCCAGCCCAGCGGCGAGAUGGAAGAUAUAAAACCAAAUUUGGAACUGAAAAGCACUCAGGAGCAGUCUGUGCCCACAGAAGGUCCAGUGAUUUUGAAUGACUACGAUUUAACCAAACCUCAUGAAACAGAAAAUGUGGACAGUGCAGAAGGCCCAGGAAAUGAAGAUGAAGAUAUAGGAGAUGAUUCAAUGAAAGUGAAAGAUGAAUACAGUGAAAGGGAUGAGAAUGUUUUAAAGCCAGAGCCCAUGGGAAAUGCAGAAGAGCCUGAAAUUCCUUACAGCUAUUCAAGAGAAUAUAAUGAAUAUGAAAACGUUAAGUUGGAGAGACACGUUGUCUCGUAUGAUAGUAGCAGGCCAACCAGUGGCAAGAUGAACUGCGAUGUGUGUGGAUUAUCCUGCAUUAGCUUCAAUGUCUUAAUGGUUCAUAAGAGGAGCCAUACUGGUGAACGCCCAUUCCAGUGUAAUCAGUGUGGGGCAUCUUUUACUCAGAAAGGUAACCUCCUCCGCCACAUUAAACUGCACACAGGGGAAAAACCUUUUAAGUGUCACCUCUGCAACUACGCAUGCCAGAGAAGAGAUGCACUCACAGGUCAUCUUAGGACACAUUCUGUUGAGAAACCCUAUAAAUGUGAGUUUUGCGGAAGGAGUUACAAGCAGAGAAGUUCCCUUGAGGAGCACAAGGAGCGCUGCCGUACAUUUCUUCAGAGCACUGACCUGGGUGAGACUGCAAGUGCGGAGGCAAGACACAUCAAAGCAGAGAUGGGAAGUGAAAGAGCUCUCGUUCUGGACAGAUUAGCAAGCAAUGUGGCAAAACGAAAAAGCUCAAUGCCUCAGAAAUUCAUUGGUGAGAAGCGCCACUGCUUUGAUGUCAGCUAUAAUCCCAGCUAUAUGUAUGAGAAGGAGAGUGAAAUAAUGCAGACCCGAAUGAUGGAUCAAGCCAUCAAUAACGCCAUCAGCUAUCUCGGUGCCGAAGCCCUGCGCCCCUUAGUCCAGACACCGCCUGCUCCCACCUCAGAGAUGGUGCCAGUUAUCAGCAGCAUGUAUCCCAUAGCCCUCACCCGUGCCGAGAUGCCGAAUGGUGCCCCCCAGGACCUGGAAAAGAAGAGCAUCCACCUGUCAGAGAAGAGCCUGCCUUCUGAAAGAGGCCUCUCCCCCAACAAUAGUGGCCAUGACUCAACGGACACUGAUAGCAACCAUGAAGAACGCCAGAAUCACACUUACCAGCCGAAUCACAUGGUCCCUCCUCGGGCCCGCAAUGGGAUGCCACUUCUGAAGGAGGUCCCCCGCUCUUAUGAACUCCUCAAGCCCCCACCCAUCUGCCCAAGAGACUCCAUCAAAGUGAUCAAUAAAGAAGGGGAGGUGAUGGAUGUGUAUCGGUGUGACCACUGUCGAGUCCUCUUCCUGGAUUAUGUGAUGUUCACUAUUCACAUGGGUUGCCAUGGCUUUCGUGACCCUUUUGAGUGUAACAUGUGUGGAUAUCGAAGCCAUGAUCGGUAUGAGUUCUCGUCUCACAUAGCCAGAGGAGAACAUAGAGCCACAUUGAAGUGAACAUCUGGUCCCAGAGAUGAUUUGUGCCUGAGCAUUGAACAUCGUUCUUAAAAACUGAUAAAUCACUCUGAAAACAAACUCAGUUCCAAACUCCUUUCCAUACCAUUUUUAGCAUCCAAAGGGUCAUAUUCACAUGGGCAACAGAGAAACGCUGUCUUCAUUCAGAAAUUGUUUGCAGAUAUAUCAUGUUACUACUUUUGUGAAACUUUUGUUUUCCCAUCAAGGACUUGAAUUUUAUGAUAUUUAAAAGCCAGUGAAGUAUUUGGUCAUUAUUUUUUGCAGCAAUAGAGCAGGCCUUCCUUGGAGUUUGUUGCCAGUCGAAAGAAUCCCCCAGUUGUGCUGCAUGAGACAUUCUUUCUGAGAUUCAUCAGCCAUAUGUG